AUGAACGCAUACAACAGCGGCUCGACACUAUCGGAUGUGCCGCCCGGCCAGGGCCAGAUUCAGCAGCUCCCCGGCCGACCCGUCAUCGAUCUCAAGAAGAAGCUCGUCGUCGUCGGCGAUGGUGGCUGCGGCAAGACGUGUCUGUUGAUAGUCUACUCGCAGAACCGCUUUCCCGAAGAGUACGUGCCCACCGUCUUUGAAAACUACGUCCCCAUCAUCCAGUUCGAGGGCAAGACGAUCGAGCUCGCGCUGUGGGAUACUGCCGGUCAGGAGGAGUACGACCGUCUGCGUCCGCUCUCGUAUCCAGAGUCGGACGUCAUCCUCAUCUGCUUUGCCGUCGACUUCCCCACCAGCCUCGCCAAUGUGCAGGACAAGUGGUUCCCGGAGAUCAACCACUUUUGCGAAGGCGUGCCCAUCCUGCUGGUGGGUCUCAAGACGGAUCUGCGCAAGGACCCCAACAGCCUCGCCAUGCUGCAGGCACAGGGCAUCAAGCCCGUCUCCCCAGCCCAGGGUCAGCAGGUGGCAGACGAGAUCGGUGCUGCAAAGUACGUAGAGUGCUCGGCAAAGACAAAAGACGGCGUGCAGAACGUCUUUGAUACCGCCAUCCGCGAGGCGUGUCGCAAGAAGGGCUGGGCAAGAAGAGCCGCAGGAGCCACGGGAGGUGGCGCCAAGAAAAAGUGCGUCCUCCUAUAG